AUUCUUAUAGUCAUCAAGGAUUUUCUUCGACUUCUGCGAGGUCUAACUCGCCUCGCAGAAACAAGAAAACCUAUCGUUCUCAAUCUUUUUUUCUUUCUCGUAAACACCCGCAGAAAAGAAUUUAUCUUACUGCCUUUAUCGAAAUUUUCUUUUAGCAUUUGGGAAGUUGGUUUGUGAAUUUAGCUUUGUGAAAAAAAAAUAUGGAGUUGCAUGAUUCUAGAGUGAAUUCUGCCAUGGCCAAGAGGCUAUGGAAUGUGCUUAGAGUCUCUUUCUUCAUGAUAAGAAAGGGGAUCAUGUCCAAGAGGAAGUUGAUCAUGGACAUGAACGUGAUGAUGAAGAGAGGGAAGCUCAUGAGGAAAACGCUUACCAACCUCCUCUUUCACCACCACCACCACCACCAUCACCACCACUCCAAGGCCAUGGCGCGCGGUGGCUUUGCCACACGAGAAUACGAGUUCUCGUGCAGCAACAGCCCGAACCCUGUUUUUUUCCGCGUGCCGACUCGGAACAAGCACCAUUUCUUCCCAUGCAUCAACCCUCCUCAGGUCAUAGAAGAAGAGGAAGAUCAAGAAGAUGAUCACGAAGGAGAGGCUAAAGCUGUUGCCUUGAUGCCCAGGACCCCGGAGUACGACUUCGGCUUCCAUUUCGGAGCCCCUGGUGAACGCGUAAACAAGGAAGACGAGACGCUGAGCCCUCUGCUGCUAUCUCCAUUCGCCGUGAGGGUCUCGAACUAUUCAUCAGAAGAUGAAGAUGAAGGUGGGAAUUAUAGCGGAAGGGUUGAUGACGAGGCCGAGGAGUUCAUCAGGAGGUUCCAUGAGCAACUGAGAAUGCAAACUCGGAUGCAACUUCUGCAGUAUUAGGCGAACCUUGUGCCAUAUCAUGAAGAAUCGAAUUAGCAGUUAAGCCCGAAAGGAGAGAGUAUUAGUGAGCGUGCCGCUGUACAUUCGCCUCAUCGGGUUUGGUUCGGGUUGAGAUUAUGCAGAUGAAGAUGGCCAUCACUUCAGGAAGAUGAAACUGUUAAAUCCCAAUUACUGAAAUAGUGAUGAUAUUUAUAUAUACACUGCCUUUCUAUGUACAA